ACUUAAGCUUCGACGCAGGAGGCGGGGCUGCUCAGUCCUCCAGGCGUCGGCACUCGAAGGUGUUAGAACUUCGUUGCUUGCUUGCCUGUGCGCGCGUGCGCGGACAUGGCAUCAAACGAUUAUACCCAACAAGCAACCCAAAGCUAUGGGGCCUACCCCACCCAGCCCGGGCAGGGCUAUUCCCAGCAGAGCAGUCAGCCCUACGGACAGCAGAGUUACAGCGGUUAUAGCCAGUCCACGGACACUUCAGGCUAUGGCCAGAGCAGCUAUUCUUAUGGCCAGAGCCAGAACACAGGCUAUGGAACUCAGUCAGCUCCCCAGGGAUAUGGCUCGACUGGCGGCUAUAGCAGUAGCCAGAGCUCCCAAUCGUCUUACGGGCAGCAGUCCUCCUACCCUGGCUAUGGCCAGCAGCCACCUCCCAGCAGCACCUCGGGAAGUUACGGUAGCAGUUCUCAGACCAGCAGCUAUGGGCAGCCCCAGAGUGGGGGCUAUGGCCAGCAGCCUAGCUAUGGUGGACAGCAGCCAAGCUAUGGACAGCAGCAAAGCUAUAAUCCCCCUCAGGGCUAUGGACAGCAGAACCAGUACAACAGCAGCAGCAGUGGAGGUGGAGGUAACUAUGGCCAAGAUCAAUCCUCCAUGAGUGGUGGUGGCAGCAGUGGUGGUGGUUAUGGCAGUCAAGACCAGAGUAGUGGAGGUGGCAGCGGCGGCGGCGGUGGUUACGGACAGCAGGACCGUGGAGGCCGUGGCAGGGGUGGCGGUGGUGGUGGUGGCGGCGGCGGCGGCGGCGGCGGCGGCGGCAGCGGCGGCAGUGGUGGUGGUUACAACCGCAGCAGUGGUGGCUAUGAACCCAGAGGUCGUGGAGGUGGCCGUGGAGGCAGAGGUGGCAUGGGCGGAAGUGACCGUGGUGGCUUCAAUAAAUUUGGUGGCCCUCGGGACCAAGGAUCACGUCAUGACUCCGAACAGGAUAAUUCAGACAACAACACCAUCUUUGUGCAAGGCCUGGGUGAGAAUGUUACAAUUGAGUCUGUGGCUGAUUACUUCAAGCAGAUUGGUAUUAUUAAGACAAACAAGAAAACGGGACAGCCCAUGAUUAAUUUGUACACAGACAGGGAAACUGGCAAGCUGAAGGGAGAGGCAACAGUCUCUUUUGAUGACCCACCUUCCGCUAAAGCAGCUAUUGACUGGUUUGAUGGUAAAGAAUUCUCUGGAAAUCCUAUCAAGGUCUCAUUUGCUACUCGCCGGGCUGACUUUAAUCGGGGUGGUGGCAAUGGUCGUGGAGGCCGAGGGCGAGGAGGACCCAUGGGCCGUGGAGGCUAUGGAGGUGGUGGCAGUGGUGGCGGUGGCCGGGGAGGAUUUCCCAGUGGAGGUGGUGGCGGUGGAGGACAGCAGCGAGCUGGUGACUGGAAGUGUCCUAAUCCCACCUGUGAGAAUAUGAACUUCUCUUGGAGGAAUGAAUGCAACCAGUGUAAGGCCCCUAAACCAGAUGGCCCAGGAGGGGGACCAGGUGGCUCUCACAUGGGGGGUAACUACGGGGAUGAUCGUCGUGGUGGCAGAGGAGGCUAUGAUCGAGGCGGCUACCGGGGCCGUGGCGGGGACCGUGGAGGCUUCCGAGGGGGCCGGGGUGGUGGGGACAGAGGUGGCUUUGGCCCUGGCAAGAUGGAUUCCAGGGGUGAGCACAGACAGGAUCGCAGGGAGAGGCCGUAUUAAUUAGCCUGGUUCCCCAGGUUCUGGAACAGCUUUUUGUCCUGUACCCAGUGUUACCCUCAUUAUUUUGUAACCUUCCAAUUCCUGAUCACCCAAGGGUUUUUUUGUGUCGGACUAUGUAAUUGUAACUAUAUCUCUGGUUCCCAUUAAAAAUGACCAUUUUAGUUAAA